ACCGUACAUUUUUAAAGAUACCUAAUCUUUAUAUUUAAUCGACAAUUCGCACACACAAAUACUCUCAAACUUCACAGUUUCACGAAAAUUCUAUUCGCACUCUAAAGAGAUAGGAGCAGCAAGAUUACGACAAAAAAUAUUAUAGUAUAGAGUAUAGACAAACUCAAGCGCGUAGUCUGUCGAGUGCAAAUCUCUGAAUGUGCAAUAAUAGCAUACUGACGUCUUAUUGCAAGCAAACCUAAGAGAGUGAACCACUGGUAUCGACGGACCUUGACACGCGCCCGAUCGCGCUUGUUUUCAUAUUCGGCAACAGAUUGCGCCCACGCUGUGUUUACACUGACCGAAGAUAAUACGCGAAUGUGGUGCGCGGUAGCCACGUGCGCGCGCGCCUAUAUGGGUCGGUUAGUUCGCGAGCCCGCCGCGCCACGGCCGAAUGUCCUUACGUUAAAUUCUAAUUCAAAUUCUAGUUCACAUUCCAAUAACGACCAGAUUGAUCGGUGAUUGAGUCACAUCGAUAUCUCCUUAUCGUCAUGAUACACCUGAUAGGAGCGGCCGGUAUCGCUGAUAACUCGGCCAGUCGUGUACGCGCAGAGGCUUCGCACGUCCGAGUCCGCUCGUGGUGAUACGCCGCGGCAUGUGCUAGUGUAGUCGCAGUGUAGUGGUCGUCGGAGACAGGAUGCGUGCGGCACUGCUGCUGCUGCCGCUGGCGCUGGCGCUCGACGAUAAAGUCUCCGUAGUGCAGAAGCAGUUGAACCUGGAGGAGAACUACACGCUCACCAUGGACCCCACCAUCGAGUACAUGCUGCAGUUCGUGCCUAGUGGCGACCAGGGCGAGUGGCCGAGCCGGCUGUGGGUGCAGAGCGACGGCGGCGACACUUCGCGCCCGCUACUCAUUACCGCGCGCCAUAGCACCGGUGCGGUGACGUGGCAGCUGCCGUACAAGUCGGGCGAGCGGCUGGCGCACUCGCUGCAGCGCACGCUGUGCUUCGACGAGCCGGACGGCGCCACGCCCUCAGAGUGCGUGGACCGGCCCGCCGCUCGCGGCGAGUUCCAGCUGCACCUUGCCACCGCCUGCACCGCGCCUUUCCUCAUUAACCUGCGCGCCGUGCCUGCCAGGGAUUGGCAGCUCGCCUUCGACACACCCGCCGUUGUCACCGCCUCACAGACGGCGCCUGGCGUUCAUUACUACGCGUUCGAGCCGGGGCAAGAGAGCGUGCGGCUCGUGGUGCACUCGGAGGACGACGUGUGCGCCACCAUCUCGAUACAGAACUACACGUGUCCGAUAGCGGAGACAAUAGAAGAUGUGGAAGGGUCGAGCGUCAGGAUGACGGUGCAGCGCUCCGGCGGCGCACAACUCUCGCGGAGCCGGUACCCGCGCGGGUUCUACGUAGUGACGCUGGUGCGCGACACGGACCAGCCGUGUACCGGCGAGGAGCACGUGCCGGACGACUGGUUGUGGGACGCGGCGCUGUGGCCCGUCACCGCGCAGCGACCCAUGCACGUCUCGGCGCGCGAAAAAACACUCGCUAUCACCGUCAAGGCGUCGCUGUCGCGCACGCAGUACGUGAUCGGCGUGAGCGUGACGGUGGCGCUGUUCCUAUCGUUCUACGUGGCGUUCGGCGCGCUGGUGCUGGCGCAGCGCUGGCCGCCCUGGGCGCGCCUCACGCGCCCGCGCGCCGUGCUCGUCGACAAUAACAAGUCAGAGAACGGAGCUGUGUCAGAGGGGGCCAGCACAAUCGCCACCACCUCCCCGCGCCGCCGCCGCCGUGGUUCCGACGCGACAUUCGACAGCAGCGACAUCAGUGAUACGGAUUCAGAGGAAGAAGCGGCCACUCCGACCAGCGGUAACGUCACUUCAGCUUCUCAGGCCAGCGCGCCCUCGCCCGCCCUCGCCCCUACGAUCGCUACCAUCGACGAGACCAUCGUCGCCGCACCUGCCCCUAAUGAAGACGCCGCGCGAACCAACGGUGCGGCGCCAGUCGACACGGAAACAGAUACCACUCAGACGCAGCCGGGCGUGCGUCCGUUCGGGCUGCCGGCGCGCCUGCGCGUGGCGGCGCUGGCGCGGCGGCGCGCGCGCGUGCUGCGGGCACGCUCCGACCGGUAUCUGUACACGCUGUACACCGUCGCCGUGUUCUACGCGCUGCCCGUCGUGCAGUUCGUCGUCGCCUUCCAAGUGAUUCUGAACAUCUCCGGGUCCCUGGACAUGUGCUACUACAACUUCCUGUGCGCCCACCCGGCGGGCGGACUGUCGGACUUCAACCACGUGUUCUCGAACCUCGGCUACCUGCUGCUCGGCGCGCUGUUCAUGCUGCAGCUGCGCCGCCGCCAGUGGAACCGCAAGCGGGCGCCGCGCGACGAGGAGUACGGCAUCCCGGCGCACUACGGACUGCUAUCGUCGCUAGGCGCGGGCAUGAUGGUGGUGGCGCUUCUUUCCGCUACCUAUCACAUCUGCCCCAACCGGCUCAACUUUCAAUUCGACACGGCGUUCAUGUACGUGUUGGCGGUGCUGAGCAUGGUGAAGAUCUACCAGUCGCGACACCCCGACAUCAACGCGCGCGCGCACGCCACCUUCGGCGUGCUCGCCGUGCUCAUCGCGCUCGUGGUGUGGGGCGUGCUCGGCGGCGGGCCGCUGUUCUGGGGCAUGUUCACGGUGCUGCACGUGUUUACGUUCUUGCUGCUAUCGUUGCGCAUCUAUUACGUCGGACAGUUCCGCCUCGAGAAGGAGAGCCUGGCGGUGGCGGCGCGGGAGCUGCGCUCGCUGCCGGCGCGCGGCGUGCGGCCGCUGUACACGGCGCGGCUCGUCAUGCUGCUCAUCGCCAACGCUGUCAACUGGGGCUUCGCACUCUACGGGCUGUUCACGCAGACGGCGGACAUCGCGUCGCACCUGCUGAGCGUGCUGCUGUGCAACACGCUGCUGUACAUCGUGUUCUACCUGGUGAUGAAGCUGCUGCACGGCGAGCGGCCGCGCUGGUACUCGUGGCUGUUCCUGGCCGGUGCGACGGCCGCCUGGGUGCCCGCUCUCUACUUCUUCACCUCGGGCAGCACAGACUGGUCGGCGACGCCGGCGCAGUCGCGGCACCGCAACCACGAGUGCCGCGUGCUGCAGUUCUACGACUCGCACGACCUGUGGCACAUGCUGUCGGCCGUCGCGCUGUACUUCACCUUCAACGCGAUGCUCACCUGGGACGACGGACUCGCCGCCGUCAAACGCACCGACAUAGCCGUCUUCUGAUCGUGCACAGGCUCAUCGCACAUUGCCCGAGUCCCAACGAACAGACUAAUUCAACUUUAAAUUACUUUACACACGACUGAUAUUACAAUGUAAAAAACUUUUCGCCGCUUGUGUCUUGCAUCAUGUUAAUGCUAGUUUUAUGUAUGUAGAAGUAUUUCCUAAUAUCAUAAAAUUGUGUUAUUAUGCAUCCGUCUGCGUGACUCGUUCUCAAAUAGACGGUGUUGUUUCCAAAUGACUCGCUGUGUUUUAAAUACUAAAAGCAUAAUUCAGACGUCAACAGGCAUGUGUAAUGUGUAUAAUAUCAUACUUGUAUUAUUAAUAUUUUUAUAUACCUUAAUGAUGAGAGCAGCAAGUCGCUCGCCUGGUGGUUAGCUGCACGACUGUGCAUAAAAAGCUAGUGUAACAAUAUUGCUCUGCACUCAUCUCCCUGAGACUUUGGAUAUUAAGUCUCAUAAUGUGCAAUUAUUACACUGAUUCAUACCGGAACGCAACAGUAGUCGCGCGACAUUGCCUGGCGACAAAAAUAAUGAUUGCGGUGGUACCUACCCAACAAGGUUCUCGCAUACUAGAGACCUACCACGCUACCACCGAUAAAGUGUGUUAUGCAGACUCGCGCCGUAUUUGAGCAGCUCUGUGGAAAGUGUUGACUGGGCCAUGGGACGCACUUCUACAGACUUAGAGAACUUAGAUUAGAAUCAACAACUGUGUCGUAGACACUGAAAACGUAUGCUAUUAUUGCAUCGUCCAAAUGACGCCUUAUAAUUUUAUAUUUUGUAAAUAUUAGUUACCAUUGUAAGAAUAAAUCUUUUUUUAUUUC